AGACCGAGCCUGGUACAGUGGCAUAAACACGGCCUUUGGCGUCAGACAGCCCUGAGCUGGGCCCCAUUGCCCCACCCCCCGAGGAAGGAGAAGGGGGGUGGCAGGGGGCUGCGGAAAGGGGCUGGGCUGGGCUGUCUGCAGCUCUAGUCCAGGACGCUGACUUCCAGAGAGACUGAGAGUCGGCAGACAAAUUCCGGACUCGCUGGAGGACAAGGCUCAGCUCUUGCCAGGCCGACUUGAGACAUGUCUGACACAAGCGAGAGUGGUACGGGUCCAACCCGCUUCCAGGCUGAAGCUUCAGAAGAGGACCCUGGCUUGAAGAUGCAGACCGUACUGACAGUGACCCAGAACUUGGAGGCCUCAGAGACACCGAAGGCCUCAAAGACACCAGAGGUCUCAAAGGCCACAAAGAUCUCAAAUGCUGUAGGAGUCUCAAAGGCCACUGAGGCUCAGGAGGUAUCUGCCACUCAGGCUUCACCUACCACUAAGCUGACCGAUACCCAGUUUCUAGCAGCCAAAAAGAAGAGUCCUGCAGCUGACACCAAAAUGCAGCAUACUGACCCUCAGGCUGUGACAGUGCCUGCUACUGAGACCAAAAAGGUCAGCUAUGUGGCUGAUACAAAGGUCAAUACAAAGACCCUGGAGACUGAGUCUACUGCCUCUCAGGCUCUGGCAGAUGAACCUGAGCCUGAGGGUGCAGCUGGUCAGGCUCAGGAGAAUCAGGAUACCCGGCCCAAGAUCAAGGCCAAGAAAGCCCGAAAGGUAAAGCAUCUGAAUGGGGAAGAGGACAGCAGCAAUGAUCAGAGUCAGGCUUCUGGAACCACAGGUGGCCGAAGGAUCUCAAAGGCCCUAAUGGCUUCAAUGGCCCGCAGGGCUUCAAGGGGCCCCAUAGCAUUUUGGGCCCGCAGGGCAUCAAGGACUCGGUUGGCUGCUUGGGCCCGGAGAGCUUUGCUUUCUCUGAGAUCACCCAAGGCCCGUAGGGGCAAGGCUCGCCGCAGAGCUGUCAAGCUCCAGUCAUCCCAAGAGCCUGAAGCACCACCACCCCGGGAUGUGGCCCUUUUGCAAGGGAGGGCAAAUGAUUUGGUGAAGUACCUGUUGGUUAAAGACCAGACGAAGAUUCCCAUCAAACGCUCAGACAUGCUGAAGGACAUCAUCAAAGAAUACACUGAUGUGUACCCUGAAAUCAUUGAACGAGCAGGCUAUUCCUUGGAGAAGGUUUUUGGGAUCCAAUUAAAGGAGAUUGAUAAGAAUGACCACUUGUACAUUCUUCUCAGCACCUUAGAGCCCACUGAUGCAGGCAUACUGGGAACGACCAAGGACUCACCGAAGCUUGGUCUCCUCAUGGUACUUCUUAGCAUCAUCUUCAUGAAUGGAAAUCGGUCCAGUGAAGCUGUCAUCUGGGAGGUGCUGCGCAAGUUGGGGCUGCGCCCUGGGAUACAUCAUUCACUUUUUGGAGAUGUGAAGAAGCUCAUUACUGAUGAGUUUGUGAAGCAGAAGUACCUGGACUAUGUCAGAGUCCCUAAUAGCAAUCCCCCUGAAUAUGAAUUCUUCUGGGGCCUGCGCUCUUAUUAUGAAACCAGCAAAAUGAAAGUCCUCAAGUUUGCCUGCAAGGUACAAAAGAAGGACCCUAAGGAAUGGGCAGCUCAGUACCGAGAGGCAAUGGAAGCAGAUAUGAAGGCUGCAGCUGAGGCUGCAGCUGAAGCCAAGGCAAGGGCUGAGAUUAGAGCUCAGAUGGGCAUUGGGCUCGGCUCUGAGAAUGCUGCUGGGCCCUGCAACUGGGAUGAAGCUGAUAUUGGACCCUGGGCCAAAGCCCGUAUCCAGGCGGGAGCUGGAGCUAAAGCCAAAGCCCAGGAGAGUGGUGGUGCCAGCUCUGGUGCCAGUGCUGGUGGCAACUUUGGUGCCAGCACCAACCUGACAGCCACUCUCACGUUUGGGCUCUUCGCAGGCCUUGGUGGAGCUGGUGCCAGCACCAGUGGUGGUUCUGGUGCCUGUGGUUUCUCCUACAAGUGAGAUUUCAGAUAUUCCUAAUCCCAGCAGUCUUUCUCUUCGAGCCAGGGUGCAUCCUCAGAAACCUAUUCAACACAGCUCUCUAGGCAGCCACUAUCAAUCAAUUGAAGUUGACACUCUACAUUAAAUCUAUUUGCCAUUUCUGA